UCUGUAAAAAGUUGUCUCGUUUUUUAUUUCACUUGAUUAAAUGUUUUGGCCGAGCGCGCGGAACCGUUUUCUCACUCACGCGCACAGAGACGUUUGGAGCAGCGCGCGCGCCCCAGUCUGACAAAAACGCUUUGUGAGGUAAGGCACUCUUACUUCACGACAAAUUGCAUCAUUAAAAGUUAAGUUCCACAUCUUUUUCUCACUAAAUUUGGUUUAUGGUAUUAAUAGACACUUUGAAUCAUGCUUGACAAAGACAACGACACAUGUUCUACUACAGACGCAGCGAUGUUCCAAAAACGUCUUGGGGACGUGCGUAUAACGUCAUAACAACAUUGAGAAAACAACUAAUUUAUUAUUCUACGUAAAAAAUAGGCUAACAUCUGUCGUUUUAAACAUUCAAUAAACCAUUAACGAGUUAAAAUUGGGGUUUUAUCGUAGCUACGAAGCAGACUUGGAGAAUACGUAAUGAAUAGAGGCUACGUCAGCGAUCUGUGGGAAGUCAUCUUUCCAAACCAACACCUUUUCCCACACCAAUUCAGCGAACUGGACCGGGCUGUUAUGCAGCGCCUUCAGAGAUGCUCUCCGUGAUUGUUGGAAAUUAAACCAGCGAGUAACGGAUAUUCAGCCGCAGUUCUCGUGGAAUAAUUUGUGAACGAUGAAGGUUUCUGAGAUCUCAUGGGGCGCUUUUAACGGGGCGUCCGAGACUAACGGGACGCGCGCGGAGAAAGUUCAGCACGUGCUCCAGCCUUUCUCAUCCACCGUCGCUCUCCUGGUGCUCGGGAUGCUCAUUAUCGGGAUUAUAUUACUGUCACUGACCACCUACCACUUUCACAAAAGCAAGAUGAAGAAGAGGAAGAUGUUGAGGGCACAGCAGGAAUAUGAGCGGGAUAACGGUGGAUCCUCUGUCCCAAUAAAGCCGAAUCCCGCAUCCAACCGCUGCGUGAUCGCGCGCCCCGCUCCGCCGCAACAUCCACCGGCCAACACUGCUGAUGAGAAACACCGCGAGGGAGUCCAGCUUGAUGGCUCUUCAUAACGGACGAAUGAAGACUGGUUUUGUAAAUAAGUAAGAUGAACAGGCGCAUGUUCACGUGCGUUCAAAUGGGACUACGAUCAUCUUAUAAUGGACUUUAGAAAGUCUCUGAAUAAUGCGUGUCCUUUAAUGUAAUAAUAGCUGAGCCUAAUGCGUUGUAAGUGGAAAUCAAUGGAUGCUGAACACACAACAGUGGGCCGGUGCUUAAAGGGAAACUUGGUCUCUAGAUGCUGUCCAAGGUGCUGAUUGUUUUAUACCAAUUUAACCCAUUUAAUCCCAUACUUUAUAUGUACUUUUGAGUUUAAAACGAGUAGCUGCACAUAACUGAACUAUAAAUGAAAGAAAAUGGCGACUGCAUUGGGAAUAUUUUACUUUGUCAAGCUGCCACAUACACAACUACUGGUUUAAUCAAUUCCAAUAUGAAAGAUAAGCAGGUUCUACGCCAUAAUAAAAUAUUUAAAAGGUCUAUUAUUAAUGUAUAUUAAUGUUGCUUUGUUGUAGAUUAAAGCUAACCUAUUAUAUUUGUGUCCAAUGGGAUAAACAGAGUGGCAUUUUAAUUAAUGAACUGAUUUGAAUCAUGCCAUAAAGGUGUAAAUGUCAAGGUGUUUCUUCAUUAUUAAACAUUAAACAAGGAUUAUUCAUUA